CGACUUUAAUUUUGAUCAGAUGUCUCUCUUCAGGGCAUUAAAGAAAACCUGCUCAGUAAUCAAAAAGAGCCUCUUCUCUAGAGAAACGACUGAAGCAGUGAGAAUGGAAACCACAAAGAUUAAUAUGUCCCGCGUCCCGCUGGUUAAUGGAGGCAUCGACGCUGCCAUUCUGAAGGCACACAAACCCCGUGUGAUGUCCAAAAGUGGUCACAGCAACGUGCGGAUAGACAAAGUCGAUGGCAUUUACCUACUCUACCUUCAAGAUUUGUGGACUACAGUUAUAGACAUGAAGUGGAGGUACAAACUCACCUUAUUUGCUGCUACUUUUGUUAUGACCUGGUUCCUCUUUGGAGUUAUCUACUAUGCCAUUGCAUUCCUUCAUGGUGAUUUAGAAAUGAACAAGUUCACCCCAAAGCACGAGCCGUGUGUCAAGAACGUAGACUCUCUGACUGGGGCAUUCCUCUUCUCCCUGGAGUCACAGACAACUAUUGGCUAUGGAUUUCGUUUCAUUACAGAGGAGUGUCCUCAUGCCAUUUUCUUACUUGUGGCCCAACUGGUCAUCACCACCUUGAUCGAAAUCUUCAUCACAGGUACCUUUCUGGCCAAAAUCGCAAGACCUAAAAAAAGGGCAGAGACUAUUAAAUUCAGCCACUGUGCCGUCAUUACUAAACACAAUGGAGAACUUUGCCUGGUGAUCAGAGUAGCAAAUAUGAGGAAGAGCCUUCUGAUACAGUGUCAGCUGUCUGGGAAACUUCUUCAGACAUAUGAAACCAAAGAAGGGGAGCGGAUCCUGCUGAAUCAAGCCAGUGUCAAGUUCAACGUUGACUCCUCUUCAGAGAGUCCAUUUCUCAUUUUGCCUUUAACCUUCUACCAUAUUUUGGAUGAAAGCAGCCCUUUGAGAGAUCUCACACCUCAAAAUCUCAAAGAGAAGGACUUCGAGCUUGUGGUGCUCCUGAAUGCCACGGUGGAGUCCACCAGUGCUGUCUGCCAAAGCAGGACUUCCUACAUCCCCGAGGAGAUCCACUGGGGCUACGAGUUCGUGCCUGUGGUUUCUCUCUCCCCAAAUGGAAAGUACGUUGCAGAUUUCAGUCAGUUUGAGAAGAUUAGGAGAAGCACAGAUUCUACUUUUUAUAGUAUGGACUCUGAAAAACAAAAACUAGAGGAGAAAUACAGGCAGGAGGAUCAAAGAGAGAGGGAACUGAGAACAAUGUUGUUACAGCAGAGCAAUGUUUGAUUGAAUGGACAAACUAUUCUGAUCAAUCCUUUUUGCAAACUGAAAAAACAUACUCUCUGUGCUGUAUGUCUGCUAUGAAACCAGCAGUGAAGUCCUUUUCAGCAGAUAGCUUUGAUAUAUAGUAAACCUAUCCCUUUGUUUGGCUGAGUUGUUAAUCAAGUAUUUUGUAAUUAGGCAGGAUUUCUUUGUUCAUGAUCGUGACUUAGCAAAGUUGGAUUUGUAUUAAGUCUCUGCCUUAUACCACCACUAAAAGCAGACACACCACUUUCCGUUUGGAAAGUGAAACUGGAUGCGCUGUGCUGAUUCCUUCAAAUAUUUAUUUGACGUGGUUUUACUGUGAACAUGCAUUCACAGAGACAGCACACAGUACUGCUAGAAGAAAAUAUGCUCCUUUAAAAUAUGUGUAUUUAAAAUGUAUAUUCUCGUACCAGGUAUUGCCUUCGUGGGGAUUCCUGGCACUGAAAGUAAGUUGAUUGGGGAGACGAAUGGUUGGAUGUGGGAAGAGCCUGCAGGGAGGUGAUAAACUCCUUCUUAAAUCUUGAAGGAGGGUGACAGAGUAGUCGUGCUGGGUGGUGAGGAAGGGAGCUCGCUCUCUGUCUCUGCUACUCCAAGCUUGUUUUGUGAUUGUUUUCUGAUCACUCACUUUUUUAACCUUGUUAAUGCCUGAUUUACAUGUAAUAACAAAAAGGGGAGAUGAGGGCAAGAUACACAGAAUCAUAACAGUAAUCAACUAAGGUUAUAGCUGGCUUUGAGACACCUGUUUUUUAUCCAAUGUAAAUAGUUUGUAAUAGCAGCAUAACAAUACAUUUCUACAGAUUGCUUGCUUUGCUAUGGACCGUAUUUAAUGUUGGUUAAAAAAAAGCUGUAUAAUGUCUGUAGACAAUAUUUACUUUUUCUGGCAACCAUAAAGGACAAGCAUUCCUUUCAUCCAUUUCAUUUUUGGUCUAUUAAAACCAUUCCAUUAAUAAAGGAA